AUGGAGUUAAUGAUUCUUAAGCCGUCGCUUGCUCUUAAGCUAAACGCUUCAGGUUUCAGCGCAAUCCAUUUAGCUCUGCAAAACAACCAUAUUCGAAUGGCGAGAGGGUUUGUGGCAUUUGACAGCAGCUUAGUCAGCGUCAAAGGAAGAGGAAGUACUACUGCUUUGCAUCAUGUGGCUCGAAUAGGUGAUGCAGAGUUGUUGAGUGAGUUCUUGUUUGCUUGUCCAUCUUCUAUAGAAGAUUUGACGAUUAAGUGUGAGACAGCCGCGCACGUUGCUGUUAAGAACCACCAGUUUACGGCAUUUAAGGUUCUGUUGGGAUGGGUCAAAAGAGAAAACAGGGAGGAAAUAUUGAACUGGAAGGAUGAAGAUGGCAACACAGUCUACCAUAUUGCUGCAUCAACUAAUCAAACCGAGGUGUUGGUGUUGUUUAUUUUAAGAUUAUAUUCUGUUCUGUCUCAGUUUUUAUCAGCAAUUGAUGUGAAAAUGUCUGGAGAGGUUGUUGAGAAUCUGUUGGAUGUUUUGGAUAAUUUCGAGAGAGCUAAAUCCCAAAUUAAGGUGGAGACUGAGGGAGAAGAGAGAAUCACUAAUAGUUAUCAGAGUAUAUACAAACAGUUUGUUGAAAUUCUGGGCUCACUUGGUGUUAUCCAUGUGGAGACAGUCGGGAAGCAGUUUGAUCCAAUGGUAAGCAGUCUCUUACUAGCAAACUAA